CGAACUUUUGCGCAAUCUGUCCGUCCUCUCGAACCUCGCCGUCACAGUGUCAAGCCGAUCGACUCCCUCACUGUUCCUCUCCUAUAUAGCAGUGACCCUGCGCUUUUGAGCUAUGGCUGAUUACGACCGGAGACCACGCCGAGGUGGAGGAGGUGGAGGUCACUUCAACAAUCGCAAGAGAAGAUACCGAGGUGCGAAUGCGCUCAGGGAACAUCAAGGGGAUAAUCAUGUUGUUGACGAGUCUGCAGACGAUGAUUUUGAAGAUCGCCGACCUCAGCGCCGUCGCUAUGAAGAACCUCUCGCAGUGACAGUUCGCAAGCAAGUCCUCUCCAUUGCAGAGAGUGUAAUGUCAACCCGUACCGUCCCUGGCACAGAUGACUGACGUGGUCACAGCCGAUCCGAAAGGCAGAAGAAGAUGUUGCGACUAUCGCCAGAACACUUGCAGAGAACUACUUUGAUAACGAGGUUUCAACAGGCUUUGUGGACCUCAUUGGGCAGAUGAUUGUUGAACAACCGCUCAAAAUCCCAUUUCUAGCCGCAAUCGUCUAUCUCACGAACGCUCAAAAGCCAGAGUUGGUAACAGAUGUCCUGACCAAGAUUGGAGAAGCAUUACAACGACGCCUGGAUCUUGGAUUAUGGCGAGAGGUCAAGCUGUAUCUUCGUUUCCUUGGUUGUCUACAGGGUAUAUUCUCAGGUGACGGUGUCUUUGCAAUCCUUGAAGAACUUUUCUCCAGGGCAGCCGAUCUGCAGAUGAAGUCGUCCGAAGAUUCACUGGGCCUGGAGUUGGUGAAGAUCAUCCUCCUAACUAUCCCAUACGCAAUGUCCUCCUCCGCAACGGGAUUGGAAAGCCAAGCAUCGAGCCUCCUCGAGAAAACCGACAUCAUCGCCUCGACAGCUCAUCCUUUGGAAGUCUUAGUUGAUCCCUACCCAGGCUCCGAAGUUGGCGCGCCGAGCCCUUCCGAAAGCGCAUUGGCUCUACUGCAGAAACAUAUGCAAGAAGAAUCGAGAAGCUCUUGGGAGUUGGCAUGUUUGCCCCGACCUUGGAAGGGUACCCGAUCGCCCGAAGAGGAGGAGGCAUUGGCUAGUGCACAGACACAUGCUUUCCCUCCAGUCCAGGUCCCAGAGGUCGUUCAGGUCGGACCUCGCCCGGUCUUUCCUGAGAUUUACUUCUCCGUCUAUGGUGAACAAGAUAUCGAGACCGUGCCCCCUGCGUCUGAUCCCGCUUCGAUUCUCAUUCGAGACGCUCUGUCCGAUACAAUCAGUGGCCUUGAUUUCAGCCGAACAGUUGCGGCGAAAUUUCUUAUUGAUGUGGACUGCUACUUUGCACCAGAUACCUUUGUGAAGCGAGCUACGGCGUUCGACAAGCUGCGAGAGGUUGCCGGAGACAAGGCUACCUGGAAACCCGAAGAUGUCAUCGUGGAUGCGUGCUUCGCUCAGCUGAUGCAGCUGCCUGCUCCAGAUCAUAAGCUGGUGUAUUAUCAUUCUGUUCUCACGGAAGCUUGCAAGCUUGCACCGGCCGCCGUGGCACCCAGUCUGGGCAGGGCGAUCCGCUUUCUGUAUAGAAAUGUGGAUCGCAUGGAUUUCGAGCUUUCUCAGCGUUUCCUGGAUUGGUUCGCUCACCAUCUCAGCAAUUUCGGCUUUACCUGGAAAUGGACAGAAUGGGUUGACGACGUACAACUCCCUAAUGUCCACCCGAAGAAGGCAUUCAUCAUGGAUGCAUUGGACAAGGAGAUCCGCCUGAGUUUCUCCAAACGUAUCAAGGGCACGUUACCGGAGCCUUACCAGGCUUUGAUCUCCGAAGAAAAGGAAAAGGACACGCCUGACUUCAAGUAUAACGACGAUUCAGCACCGUUCGCAGCUGAAGGUAAAGAGAUUGCGCAGCUCAUACGCCGUAAAGCUGCGGACGAAGAAUUCUCGCCUAUCAUGGACAAGAUAGAGCAGGAAGCGACGGCGUCAAAUAUUCCCGAUCCCCAGCUAGCGUCCGCGGAUGCAUUCGUCACCUCGAUAUGCUGGGUUGGUUCAAAGUCCGUCUCACACGUGCUUGCCUGUAUUGAACGAUGUAAGGAACGACUGUUGGCUAUCAGUUCGACGAGCGCUGCCUGCAGAAAACAGAUCGUUACUUCGGUAAUGGACUACUGGAAGGAUUCGACUGGCGUUGGCGUGGUCAUCUUGGACAAGCUCCUCAACUACCAGAUCCUGACUCCUGCCAGUAUUGUGGAGUGGGCUCUGAUCGACCACGUCGCUCGAGGCACGCUACUUGCCAGGACAUGGUGCUACGAGCUCGUGGACAAGACGACGAGGAAAGUUGCCUCACGAGUUAGGAGUAUCGUGCAUGCCAUUCGGCAGCCUGGGCUUGCGGAUGAUCAGAAGAGCGAACUUCAACAGGCGUUGACGGAGGAGCUGGAGGGUAUGAAGGCGUUGUUUGCCAUCAUUGAGGAUGCAGUCGUGAGCAUUCGCGAUGGCAACCAGGAUGAGAUGAUUGAGAGCAGUGAUGCUCUGAGGGCGGAGGAUGAGGAUUUGCUGAGAAGUUGGGGCGCGAAGUGGGCCAAGGUGUUCCAACGGAAGUAUGGUGUUGAAGAAAGCUGGGUAAGGGAGGAGCUGGCAAGGCCGAUUCCCGAGCCCGAAGUUACUGACCAGGCGAUGAACAUGGAGGACGUCAAGACGGACGUCAAUGGUGGCGCGGAGAACGGAGCGGCUGUGGAUGCUAUCGAAUGAUAGUACUGACAUCUCUACGCCUAGGAGAUGCGGACAGGACAGAAUGGUGUAAAACAUGGAGCAGAAUUUGGCAGUUGAGGGCAUUGUUGCAGGCCAUUUUCGAGGCUGCCAUAUGGGAUGCGGCUAGAUACUGACAGCUUUGGGAAAUAUCUUGGGAGAAGGUCCUCUCUACGCCAGCGCACGCACUGAGGCCGGGAAAAGUAUCGAUGGUCUCUCCCUUUUAAAAGACGUUGGGAGUGCAUUUCCACCCACAAUCUGACUGAGGCUUCGGACUUUUGCCACGUCAUGCCUUCUUUUCUUUUAUUUAGUAUGCUGUUCCUCGAGCCUUUUUGCAGGAAUGUCAAUGAUAA